UUUGGUUUUAACUCAACUUGCUGUCAACCCGGAAAGAGGCUGCGCUCGAGGCACAGGGCUCGGCUUUUCGCGCGGAGCUUUCAUCUGUUUUGGCGGAUAAAUGAGCGUUUAUUGUUUUGUGAGAGCGCGCAGAACAGCACACACGCAGCAGAACGCGGAUGAGUCACGAGCCUUUGGGAUUUUGGAAGUGAAAUUUUUUGGGUUUGUUUAGGUUUGGUUUUACAGAUCUGGGACAUGCCUUACCUGGACAGACAAAAUCGGACCUGUGGAUUCCUGGAUAUUGAGGAAAAUGAGAACAGUGAUAAGUUUUACCGGCGUUAUUUUAUCUUGGAUACUCAUGAGAAUUUUCUCCUAUGGUAUAUGGACAAUCCACAGAACUUGCCUCCGGGAACAGUGUCUGUUGGGAGUUUGCGACUAAGUUACAUUUCAAAGGUUAAUGAAGCAUCAGUAAAGCAGAAACCAAAAGCAGAAUUUUGCUUUGUAAUAAAUGCAUUGUCCAGACGGUACUUUCUGCAAGCCAAUGAUGCUAUGGACUUGAAGGAAUGGGUCAUUGCUCUGAAUAAUGCCACCAAAAUUACAGUUCCAAAAGCCUCACCAGUGGCCCAAAGCUCUGAUGCCACAAAUGUUUCAAAUCCAAGUCAGUCAACAUCUCGACAGGCAUAUAAAACAGAAAUUGUGGGAGGUGUGGUUGUGCACACACCAGUCCAGCAGAGUGAAAAUGAGGACGUCUUCACGAGUGAACUAGGAUCACACAUCUCUUUAAGGAGAUGCCAGAGUGUGCAUCCAAAUAUAGUGAGGUCUGGCUACUGUGUCAAGCAAGGAAAUGUGAGGAAAAGCUGGAAGAGGAGGUUUUUUAUCCUAGAUGAUCAAACCGUGAGCUACUAUAAAUCUGAAAUGGAUAAGGAACCACUGAGAAGUAUUAGAUUGCGGGAUGUGCUAAAAGUUAACGAGUGUCUUGUGAAAUCAGGGGAUCUGCUGUCUCGUGAUAAUCUUUUUGAAAUCAUCACCAGUACCAGAACAUUCUACAUUCAGACAGACACCCCAGAAGAAAUGAAGGGCUGGAUCAAGGAAAUUGCUUCAAAAAUACAAGACUUUCGAGGGCCAUCUAAGUUGCGCUGUUCCGGCAAAGUCUUUUCUGUGCAGAGGAAGCCUCAGCUUGUGAAGUCCUGCUCCACUGCAGAUUCGUGGCAGCCGUGGACCCCGGUGCCCAGUCAGGAGAAGCAUUUGAAGGAAGAGGGUCAAAGAGAAGGGCCAUACAGCUCUCUUCCCUCACUCUCACACUUUCAGUCAACGACUCAACAAACUCGACAACGGCACCAUUCCCAGCCUCAACUCCCUCCCAGCGUCACAGACUUUCCUGACAGUCUUGACCAUCUCCGCUCCACUGAUGUUUAGUUGCUUUAAUGAAUACUGCUGGCCAGCACAUGGAUAGUGUUAUGAUUUUAACCCUUUGAUUGUUGCUUUUCUUGUUUUCUCAGUGGUGCACACACAAGUGCUUCAGUCAUUGCAAUGCUGCUCACUUACUCUAAAGGAAUAGUUCCAAAAUUAGUUGCCAAAUAGCACCCAAAGAUUCUGUCAUUAUUUACUUACCCACCUGUCAAGCUCCAACAAGCAAUGUAUGGCAAGAAUUGUGUACCAAUUCUUCAAGCAAUUGUACUUUUGUGUUCUAUAGAAAAAAGAACAAAACAAACAAACAAAAAAUUUGGAAUAAUAUGUGGAAGAGAAUUGUCAUUCUGGGUGAACUGUUCCUUUAAAAGAAUGUGUCUUUUUAUGUAUGUAGGAAUG